UGAACAAAUAUACUUAUUAUAAUCCAGCAAUCGUGCAGUGCGCGACUACAACGAGCUGGUCGUGAUAAGAUACCAUACUAAUUUUGUGUCGAAAUUGUCGAAAAUUAAAUAAAUGCAGUGGGGAAUCGCGUAGCAGGACUUGCUAAAGAAUUGUGAAAAAGUGGCAAAGUAACUUGGCUGUAGUGAAUGUGACCACUUGGAUUAUUUACUAGUGUCUAUUCGUUGAAAAUGUUCUCAAAUAGUUCUAAUCCUAUUCGCUGUUGAACAUUGACCAGUUACCGACGAUUACUGGCAAACUUUAACUAUUGGACUUAACCAUGACCGACUUAAAUCUGGACCUCAACCAGUCAUUAGACCUACGAGUGGCUCAGUUCAAAAAUGACCCGGAAAAAAUGGCAGAAGUUUCCGACUUUUUAAAUGAAGUCUUCGACAAAGCGCAAAAGGAAGCCGAACUGAGACGGAAUGAGAAAUCGUCCAAAGGAAAACUAGAUGCUUUAGGAUUACAAAACGGAACCAAAAAAAUUGGAGCAUGGUCCAACCGUGCUAGAUCGUCUGCCCGAGUGUUUGCGACCAGGAUCUUUACCACCAUAUGUAAUUGUACCAAUACAAUGCGGAGUACUUUUGUUGCUCGCAACAAUCAUAAUUAGAAAAUAUAUAUGGAACAAAAGCAGUAGCACUUAGUUCUCAUGGUCUCAACAUUUACUUCGUGAUAUGUCUUAGUACUAUAAUCAAUUUAGUUAAACCCAGCUGUAAUUGGAAUUGGACCGAAUUGAUGAAAUCCAAAGGAAUAUGUGGAAAAAUAUGAAAGACCAGGGUGUUUUCACCGACCGUUUUUAAAAUAUUCAGUAUUGUCGCAAUGCAAUAAUUUUACCAAUUCUUGUGUGUUCAAUUGUACUUCGAUGUUGUGUUGUUGCACGAAAAAGUUCGGCAUACAGACGAUUGAUAAUAAACGUUGAAUACAAGUCUCAAUUAACAGUAUGACAUAUCCUAACCAGGUUGUUGCUAUGUAAUCCAAUGUAAUCUAAUGUUGUAUCUUGUUGUUACUGCCAAGUUUAUUUAAUGUUACCUUCCAUAAAUGUUAGCCAUUAAAACUGUUGUAAUAGAUAUAGUGAAUACCAAUAGUUGAAUCUACUAGUAUAAUUUGCUGUGAAUCCACCUUAGUUGAGAGCUAUAUUUAUUUAAGCAAAUCAAAGCCAGAAAGGUAUCUAAAAUCAAAUGUUAGAAAAUAGUUUUGUUGGCAGGCAAACAGUUUAGUUUAGUUAAUCCCAGACAAUCAAAAUUAGUAACUUAAUGUUACAUUGUACUUGAAGACUCAACUUUGAAAAAAAGACAAUCACAAAAUAAAAACAGAGAGUUUAGUUAGAACUGUUGAAGCAAUAUGGUAUUAAAUUAUGUAUAAAUUUGUCAGCUGUAGCCAAAUAUGUAUACUUGAUUUAAAAAGCUAAUUUGCUUGCUACGGAAACUGCAAAAUCCCAUAGAAUUGGAUUUGUUAUAAAUUAAAUUGUGAAGCGCGUGAGCAAAGAAUUACUAUUGAACUGGAGACUUUUUUGUGCCACUAAGUCUCCUCAACUUAAAGUGGCAUAAGAAAUGUCUUAUAUAAAAAUUACAAAUAACUAUUUACAUUUUACACUCUUUGUAUACAGUUUGUUGCAUAAUCCAUUGCGUAAAGGUGAAGCGUCUUUCUCCAGUCCCUUAAGCGAAAACUGUCCUAUAGAAGGGUGGUAAUUCCUUUUGGAAAACAUUGUGAAACUUUUUUAAUCUAACCGUUGAUGGUUUCAAACUGUUAAAUAAUCAACGUUUACAAAAUGUUCACUUACCAUUCAAUUGCCCAUUUUUGUAUCCAAAUUAGCCACUACACAAACACACACACACAAAGUCUUUAAAACACCGAAAAUCACUUUUAACAAAAUCAAUGUUCACUUGUGAUUGUUCAUUAACGCACGGGAGUUGACCGAAUCAGGCGUAUUUUUCGUUAAAACCGCACAACCAAUCGGGAGAAUACCAUAAAACGGCGAUGAUAAACUGUCAAUUUAAAAAAAUAUCUAAUUUUUCAUAAAAAAUCUGAUAAUUUUUUCAAAUUUAGACGGAGCAACCAGCGCGACCAGUAUCUUCUUGACUACUGGCUAUUUCAACGAAAUUACAUAAAAAUCAGGUACUUCUUGGAAGGAUGUUUGUUUAUAAGAAGAUUUCACCACAAAUAAUGCGUUUCUUUAAUUUUAGCAAUACAAGCAACAAACGGUAUAUACCGAGAAAAUACAGAGCUAAAGAAAAUAUACAUUUUAUGAAAGAA